AUGAAUCACAACUCGACUAUAAUAGAGUCUAACUCGAUCAAAGCUAUACUAGAUCAAAAUAAAUCAUCAUAUAUCUUCCUUUUUCCAAUUUUACUUCUAAUUGCAUCUUAUUAUAAGUAUCAAAAUGAAUCAAAAUCAAAAUCAAAUACAAUAACAAAAUCAAAAGCAUCAGCUUCAAAAAUGGAUCAACGUCCAUUUGGAUUUUGGGAACCAGAUUUAAAAUGGAAAACACCCACACCAAAAGUUUAUGAAAAUUGGUCAAUAAAAGAUACAAAACCAAUACCAUAUCGUGCUUUUAAACAUAAGUAUAAUGUAAAUAUGGGAAUAAGAAAUAUGUCAUGGGAUUCAUGGAUUGAAUUAGAUAAUCAAUGGAAAUAUUAUCAUGAUAUGAAAUUAAAAAGAAUUGAGGAAAAAGGUGAAGAUGUUUGGAGAAUUAGUUCCAAGGCUAUAGAAGCAUCAUGGGAAUUUCUUUAUGAAUUAAUUGAUUUUACUACAGUUAGAUAUCCAACAUUAUUUAAAUAUGAUAAAGAAAAAAAGAUCCUUAGAAUUACAGAAACUAAUCAAACAUUUGAUUUAAAUGAUAAAAAUCUUAAUCCAAUAAUCACAGCAGCAAAUUUAGUUCAAGAUGAAUUAGUUAUAAUGAUUGAAGAUCCAAAAGAUGGUCAAUAUUCAUUAGAAGCUGGAUGUGUAACAAUGGCAGGAUUUUGGAAAUUUAAAGAAAAAUAUCAAAUGAAAUUAGAUGAAAUUCAUUAUUCUGGUAAUGUACCAAAAUAUUCAACAAAUUUAGGUCCUGCAAUGAAUAAAUUUUUUAGAAGAUUAACUUUAGAUUCACCAGUUGUAAGAAAUAAUUAUUUUAUUCAAUUAGAUAAUCAUUUAGAUUGGUCAAAAUCUAUUGGUGAUGAAGAUUCUGAAAAAGUUGGUUGGAACGCUGCAACAAAUGCUACAUCUGUAAAAGAUUUAUGGUUUAGAUCAGAAAGACAAAGUGUUAGAAGAUUACCAAAAACAGGUGCUAUUGCUUUCACAAUAAGAACUUAUUUUAUGCCAAUAACUGAAAUGUGUGAAGAACCCUUUGUACCAAGAAGAUUAUUAAAUGGUAUAACAAGUUGGGAAGAAGAUGUUAAUGAAUAUAGAGGAUUUUAUAAAUUUAAAGAUGUUUUAUUACCUUAUUUACAAAAAAAAGCAAAAGAACAAGAAGCAAAUGGUUUAGUGUUAAAAGAAGAACCAAAAAAUUAUCCUUUUUAA